AUGCUCUGGCUCUGGUGGAGCAUUUGUUUGUACUCUACGGCCGUGCUGGCAGAUAGCAGCUCUUCAGCGGCGGCGGCGCUGAAUGAGUCCAGGGUAGAGUUGGACCUUCAGAACCUCACAGACUCGCUCGACGCCAACGAGUCCAGCCUCACUAACGAAGAAAAGUCGUACUUCCUGACCUUUGAAGAGUGGAAGAAGAAGAAGGUCGACGAGUCGCAGAUCACGAAAAAAAGACCAGAACAGACGUCCGGCGACGAGCUUGAAGGCUCCAUCGGCGAGGAGAUGGAGAUCGAAAUCUCAAUGUUUGGAGGCCCGGAACCAAAAGAGGAUACAGGAAAGGUCUACAACGAAAGGUUCAAUUUUGCGUCGUUCGACUGUGCCGCCACAAUUGUCAAGACCAAUGCGGAGGCAAAAGGCGCCAACGCCAUUCUCAACGAAAACAAAGACUCCUAUUUACUGAACGAGUGCAAGGCGAAAAAUAAGUACGUAAUCAUCGAGCUGUGUGAGGAUAUACUGGUCGAGGAGGUGCUGCUGGGAAAUUACGAGUUUUUCUCGUCCAUGUUCAAGGACGUUCGGUUUUCCGUGAGCGACCGGUACCCGGCUACGACAUGGCAGUCGUUGGGAGAAUUCAAGGCAGAGAAUAUACGGAAACUGCAGAUGUUCAAGGUGGAAAAUCCACUAAUCUGGGCAAAGUUUCUGAAGAUUGAGGUCCUCUCGUACUACGGCGACGAAUUCUACUGUCCGAUUUCGUCUGUGCAAGUCCACGGAAAGACAAUGAUAGAGCAGCUCAAAGAGGAGGAUAAGGAAGAGGUCAAGGAGAACGAAAUUGAGAGGGAGCAGCCUGAGUUGGUUCCUGCGGAUUUUUACGAAACACCGUCUUUCAAUUUGUCUCUGAACGAGAUUGUUUUCUCCCUGAAUGGGUCUACAGACGACGAUAACUGCAAAAUCACUCCGUAUUUGGGACUGGACAGAUUUCUCAAGGAGCAUCAGCAGGAGCUGUGCGAGGCAGGCGACUCGCCAUCAGAAACAAGACCGAAGACCACGCAGACCACAGGAACACAGGAGUCGAUCUACAAGAACAUCAUCAAGAGAAUCUCGCUGCUCGAGUCCAACGCAACGCUCUCUCUGCUAUACAUUGAGGAGCAGUCCAAGAUUCUGUCGAACGCGUUCGAAAACCUGGAAACCCGCCAAAAUAAGCGGUUCAGCACGCUCAUAGACCAUUUGAACCAAACAAUCCUUAACCAAAUCGGCAACUUCCGGCUGCUGAACACAGAACUGGCAUUUAAUUUCGAGAAUCUCUUCAAUUAUCAAAACAGCAAGUUCCAGCACUUGCUUCUCGAGACAGACUCUAAAUUUGCCAGAUUCGCGGACUCUCUCAGCUUCCAGAAGAAACUGAACUAUCUGAAUCUCGGCAUAAUCAUCCUGCUACUCGUCUACAUCAUCAUAACCAGAGAUACGUACCUUGAGCCGGAAUUCAUAGCUUCCUCAUACAGUGCAGGCCCACCGUAUAAAUCACCGUCUCAGUCUCCAGCGCACUCGCCGACGAAUCCUCUGCCGAAACGAAAAAAAUUCAUGGACAGGUUUGUGUUUGGUUCCAGAUCCAUCUCUCCUACAGAGUACAAGAGCGAGUACGACUCAGAAAACGAGCAACCGGCCGAGCAAGAGGGAAUCAAGGAAACAGAGCCAGAGAAAAAGGAGUCGGACGAAUCGUCGAUCGUGAUCACCGACAUGAAGAUAGAAAAGAACGCGAGCGAUCUAUAA